CGGAACUUGAGACAUACAAGAAAAAAAAAUAUACAGCCAAAAGAUAUCUUUGAGAAAACUGCUGAUAAGUUUACUACAAAGCCAAUGAUCAUCUACAAAGGCGUGUCGUACAGUUUCAUGGAAGUGGAUAAAAUGGCAAAUAAAUUGGCCAAUGUGGCAUGUGGGUUAGGUAUAAAACAAGGUGAUACUGUAGCCAUACUGAUGUACAAUGAACCUGCAUUUGCUUGGACCUGGUUUGGUGAAACUACUGAUGUUUCUACUACAGAUCAAAUGUGUUUGUGUGUCCGUUAUGUAGGUACUGAUGGCAACGGGGAUUUGUGUGUGAAAGAGUCGUUUCAUGGAUUUGCUGAGUGCUUUUUAUUUUAUUUUUUUUUAUUUUUUUUAUUUUGCUUAUUAUAUUGUUAUUUUUGGGUGCGGGUUUCCACAAUGAUUUCUGCCGUUCUUCAACUUAUGAUUUGUAUUGCCCAUUGGUAUCUUCAUAUAAUUUGUUAUUCAACUGUCAAUGUUGUGUAUAUAUGUUCACAGCGAGACUUAGCGACGUCUUCGUGUCUAUUCUUACUUAAUUUUCUACAUUAUACAUUGAAGGGCGAUUAUGAUACAAAUCAUAAGAUAAGAGUUGCGCUUCGAAAUGGACUAAGAAAAGACGUUUGGACACUGUUUCAAAAGAAGUUUAAGAUAGAACAAAUUCUGAAGUUCUAUGGUGCAACUGAGAUACCAGUAGGAUUUAUAAAUAUGGAAAACGCAAUUGGUGCAGUUGGCAGAGCAUCUCCACUGUUCAAACGGAUGCUUCGGGUCCAUUUUGUCAAGUAUCGGACACAGGUAUGGACCAGCCUGUACGAGAUAAAAAAAAAGGGCAGUGUAUUCCAGCAGCACCAUGUAUGUAUAUGGAUAAAAGGAUAUGUGGAAAAUACUUCAAUGAGAUUAAUUAAACCUGCUAUUAUUCUUACAUGUAUAAUUGUACAAAAAAAUAUGGUUAACAUUUUAAGUAAUGUUUUGAUUGUAGAUGAACUUGGACUACUUAUUUGUACAAUAAGUGGAAAACUCCUUUUGAAGGAUAUAAAAACCGGGAUGAAGCCACCAAACGAAAACUUAUCCAUGAUGUUUUUCGAUUCUGGAAACCUGUUUAAUCAUGACGAAAAUUAUUAUUACUUAGUCUACUUCUAUUAUCGGCUUGGAGAUACAUACAGAUGGAAAGGUGAAAAUGUAUCAACAACACAAGUAGCUAACAUUAUAACAGAGUUACCAUUUAUAGUAGAUACAUGUGUCUAAGGAGUUCUCGUUCCAGGUUCUGAAGGAAGAGCAGGAAUGGCUACAAUCAACUUACUUGAUUCCGAGAAGAAACCACCUACUGAAGACAUGAUUUCCCAAAUAGGACAACAAUGCACCACCGAACUAGAAUUAUAUGCUAUACAUAGAUUCCUAC